CCAUAUGCUUUCCUCCGGCACACUGAAUCCUCCGCGUUGCGUGCGGCCAUUGUGCGCCAACUGUCAGCUGAAGACCUACGCGCACUGGACUCCAACACUACCUUCGGCGCUGUCCUCUCCGUCAACCUCGAAGGCCUCUACUCCCAGUCACAGGAACGGAGGUGCCAAGCCGGACAGCAGCCGGCUCCCCUAAGCCCGGCUCGUACCCACGAUCUUAUUUUCUCCCUCUCGGAAAAGAAGACACUAGCCACUGCGUUGGAGCGCAUCUCCUCCUCAGCGUCACGGAAGCAGCUUAAAAUGACGCCAGUGGACAGCAAGAUCUUCACGCAUACCAGUCGAAGACCCAGCUUUCCGAGCAAGGUGAAGUGUCCUGUCGGCGCCGCCGCCAGCCACCCCAACUUCUCUGUUGACACGCCAUCAGCCGAGCCUACUCCUGAGCAGUCUUCAACUCUAACUCCGAUGAUGACGGAAGAGGCUGAUAUGACGACA